AUGGGGACCUGGAUUUUGUUUGCCUGCCUCCUCGGAGCAGCCUUUGCUAUGCCACUCCCGCCUCAUCCUGGGCACCCUGGUUAUAUCAACUUCAGCUAUGAGGUGCUCACCCCUUUGAAGUGGUACCAGAACAUUAUAAGGCAGCCGUACCCUUCCUAUGGUUACGAGCCCAUGGGUGGAUGGCUGCGCCACCAAAUCGUCCCUGUGCUGUCCCAACAGCAUCCCCCGAGCCACACCCUGCAGCCUCAUCACCACAUCCCCAUGGUGCCCGCUCAGCAGCAGCCCGUGGUCCCCCAGCAGCCAAUGAUGCCAGUUCCUGGCCAACACUCCAUGACUCCAACCCAACACCACCAGCCACACCUCCCUCCGCCCGUCCAGCAGCCCUACCAGCCCCAGUCCGUCCAGCCGCAGCCUCACCAGCCCAUGCAGCCAAUGCAGCCCAUGCAUCCCAUGCAUCCCCAGCAGUCCAUGCACCCCAUGCAGCCCUUGCCGCCACAGCCACCUCUGCCUCCGAUGUUCCCCAUGCAGCCUCUGCCCCCCAUGCUCCAUGAUCUGCCUCUGGAAGCGUGGUCAGCAACUGACAAGACCAAGCGGGAAGAAAUAGUAAGUGUACCUUAA